CAGCUUCGCUGUCACCACCUGACGCAUUUCGCUCUCCAAUCUCUCUCUCUCUCCCCUCGCAUCCACCGAUCGCCCCGCUCGCCAUGCCGUCGGACGCCAGGGCCUCGGCAUGAACCCCGCCCUCUCCUCGACGUCCUCCCUGUCGGCCUCGUCGGCGGCGGCGACGGCGACGGCGUCUGCGUCGACGUCCGGCGCCCCCUCAUCGGCGCCGGCCUCCUGGUUCUCCGGCAUCGUCCGCGGCCGCUCCGACAAGUCCGGCGGCGCCAGGAUGUCCGGGAGCUCCGCCGCCGCCGGCCCCGACGCCGGCCCGAUCAAGGGCAAGAACCAGUUCCGCGGCGUGCUCCUCAAGUACGGCGCCAAACCGGUUCAGGUUGCAUUUAAAACGGGUGAAUACAAGCAGCAAGUCAUUUUCAUCGGUGGUCUGACUGAUGGUUUUCUGGCUACCGAGUACUUGGAACCUCUUGCAAUUGCUUUGGAUAAGGAGAAGUGGUCACUUGUUCAGUUGCUAAUGUCUUCUUCUUAUUCUGGAUAUGGCACCUCCAGCUUGCAACAAGAUGCUGCGGAACUUGAUCAAUUAAUCAGUUAUUUAAUCAACAAAGAAGAUUCUGAAGGUGUGGUUCUUCUUGGUCAUAGUACAGGUUGUCAGGAUAUUGUGCACUACAUGCGUACAAAUGCUGCCUGUUCAAGAGCUGUCCGUGGUGCCAUCUUGCAGGCCCCAGUUAGUGAUCGUGAAUACAGAGCAACUCUUCCAGAGACUGCUGCUUUGAUUGAUUUAGCUUCAACCAUGAUAAAAGAAGGACGAGGAUCUGAACUGAUGCCCAGAGAAGCAGAUGAAGGCUCUCCAAUUACUGCUAACAGGUUCUAUUCCCUCUGUGCAUAUAUGGGUGAGGAUGACAUGUUCAGUUCUGAUCUUACAGAUGAUCAGCUGAGAAUGAGACUUGGCCAUAUGUGCAACACUCCUUGCCAGGUUAUCUUUUCGGUGGCUGAUGAGUAUGUGCCGGCGUAUGUUGACAAGAAAUCUUUGGUUGAAAGAUUGUGCAAAGCCCUGGGUGGGGCAGAAAAGGUUGAAAUAGAGCAUGGUAAUCACUCGCUCUCUAACAGGGUUUCCGAAGCUGUCCAGGCUAUCAUCGACUUUGUCAACAGGGAGGGUCCCAAGGGUUGGGAUGAUCCAUGGAACUAGCUCAGCACCUUUUCUACUUCCUACAACGUUUUGCUUUACUCUCCGGUUUUUUCCUUUUAAGUUUCCGGGCAUGUUCGAUUUUUUUUUAAUUCUUUUUUUUCCUUUCUUUUUCCACAUUAUGUUAUCAGUAGCUUCCACCUUACCCUUAUUCAUUUAUUUUCUCUUUGUUAAAACUGUAAAGCAGUGAACCUUUGAUUGACUGAAGGGGUUGUCUUACAAUUUCAAUCAUCAAGCCCGAUUUUUUGGAGUCGUAUCUUCCUAGAAAGAAA